ACUUCGGGAGAGCGGAGCGCAGGUGGAGGAUGGCGGGCAGGAUGGCUCUGCGCUCUUCUCCCCUGUUGAGUCUGGUGUGGCUGGCGGUCGCCUUUCCGGAGAGCAGCUGCGGCUCCUUCUCACACUCUUUGAAGUUUACCUCCUUCACUAUUUCGGAGCCCAGUCAGGGGCUGCCUCACUUUGUGAUGCUGGUGGACGUGGAUGAUCAUGUCCUUCUUCACUAUGACCGCGAGACCGGGAAGAUGCAGCCUCGCGUCUCCUGGAUAGAGAAGUUGAAGGAGGAUGACCCGGAAUUCUGGGACAAAGUGUUCAAGGAAGCACAUGAGGUUGAGAAGAUGUUCGUAAAUGGCCUGGAGUUUGUGAGGAUUUUCUCCAGUCAUAGCGAAGACCUUCAUGUGGUGCAGGUCAUCCUAAGCUGUGAUCUCCAGGGAGAUGGGAGCAAAAGAGGGUUUGUGCAGGUGGCUUAUAAUGGGGAGUCUAUGACACCACCAUCCACCAUGGAUAAGUCUGAAAUGGAGGAAUGCAUUGCUUUGCUAGAGAAGUUCCUGUCUUACGGGAAUGAGACGCUGCUGAGGACAGAUCCUCCAGUGGUGACAGUGACCAGAAGGGUGGAGGCCGAAGAUGAGAAGGAAACACACAUUUGUCGGGUCCACGGCUUUUAUCCCAGGGUGGUCAAUGCCUCCUGGAUGAGGGACGGGGAGGUCUGGCUGCAGGACACCCUCCAUGGAUCUGUGGCCCCCAACGCGGAUGCCACCUACCACUACUGGCUCAGCAUCCAGAUUGAUCCUAAAGAGAGGGGACGCUAUAAAUGCCACGUGGAGCACGACGGCCUGCAGGAACCUCUGGACGUGGCUUUGAAGGAUGAGGGGCAGCAGGGGAACAAUCAGACCAUUUAGCGGCCCCUUCACAGGUGAGUGG